CAAAUGUUUGACCACGAACGAGCCAAUCGGCUGUUGAAGGCAGAGUUGUCCCUGUGGCCGCCAUUAAAGAAAGGAGUCUGUGAAUUCAAAUGGAAACCAGUACACAAAUCAUGAUCGACAUCACCGGGAGGGUUGAGGGUGAUGCCAUUUUCACAGGCUUUUGGAGAUUACAUAUCGCUUCUACAAUGGAUUUUGCCGUGGAGGAGUAAGACGGACAAUUUGUUUUAAGAGAGAUCGUUUUAGAGCCAAGGGGGAGGGGAGAGUUGCUUCUUUUUCUUUUUGUUUUGUCAACAGUUAUCACCUCCUGGAAAUUGAUUGAACUUGGCCGAUUUUUUUUUUGAUGUCAACCAAAAGAACAACGUAUUUAUUCCUUUUUUUUUUUAAUCCUAGAGGAGGAACUCUGCUACAACCAGGAGGUUGUUGAAAUAACUAUCGUCCAGCCGCAUGUCAUAAAAACAAAUAUUACUCGCUGAUUAAGCUUCUCAGAAGAAAAACAAACAAACAAAUCAAAAUCGCCUCCCGGGAUACUGAAAAGAUGGAGAGUUGGACCUCGGAGUGAAGAAGGAUGAGUUCUUGUUUUGUACCCAACGGAGCCAGUUUGGAGGAUUGCCAUUCCAAUCUUUUUUGUCUGGCGGACUUGACUGGAAUCAAAUGGAAGAGGUUUGUGAUGCAAGGUCCCGCCUCUGCACCAAUCCUGUUCCCGGUGACGGAGGAGGACCCCAUCCUUUGCAGCUUCAGCCGCUGCCUAAAGGCAGAGGUGCUAAGUGUAUGGCGGCGCUGCCAGCGGCAAGGUCGGCGAGAGAUUUGGCUCUUCUGGUGGGGGGAGGACCCGAACUUUGCUGAUCUCAUCCACCCUGAGCUUGCAGCUGAGGAUGACGGACUGUGGGAGAAUGGCCUUUCCUACGAGUGUCGCACGCUGCUGUUCAAAGCCAUCCAUAACCUGCUGGAGCGCUGCCUCAUGAAUCGCAGCUUUGUGCGCAUUGGCAAGUGGUUUGUCAAACCCUACGAGAAGGAAGAGAAGCCCAUCAACAAGAGCGAGCACCUGUCUUGUGCCUUCACAUUCUUCCUUCAUGGCGAGAGUCACGUCUGCACCAGCGUGGAGAUCAACCAGCACCUGCCCGUCUACCUUCUGACUGAGGAGCAUCUCAGUCUGGCUCAGCAGGCGUCUAGCCACUUCCAAGUAAUCCUCAGUCCUUUUGGGCUGAACGGGACGCUGACCGGCCAGUCCUUCAAGAUGUCAGACUCCCCCACCAAGAAGCUGAUUGAGGAGUGGAACCAGUUUUAUCCCAUCUGUCCCAGUGCCAAGCACGGUGUGUUGGAGGACAAGCUGGAGGACAUGGAUUGGGAAGACGAUUAUUUGGCCUCUGUAGAGGUCCUUGUUGGUGGUGUGCGGAUGGUGUACCCAGCCUGCCUGGUGCUGGUGCCCCAGUCGGACAUCCCUGUUGUGGCCCCUGUAGGGUCCUCCUCUCACUGUACUGCUGUCUACUCCAGUGGUCACCAAGUGUUUCCAUCCCAGCGAGAACCUGCCAUGUCGCUUGUUACACUUACCCCUCCCACGUCGCCUGAGGAGGUGCAAACAGUGGAUUCUCACUCUGCCCAGAAGUGGACCAAGAUGCCUUUGUCAUCGGAAUUGCUGUGUGCAAACAGAACAAGCCACCAUGGAGGCGAGGUUCCACGCCGGCUUGCCAGUCAGGUUGUGGAGCGAGUGUGGCAAGAGUGCAAUAUCAACCAUAUCCAGAACAAACGAAAGUACUCCGCUGUCACUAAUGGAACCUGUGAGGAUGAGCGGACGCAGCGAAUGGAGACAUGGGACUUUAUCGAGCCUUCUGAGAGGUCAUACUGCACUUGUUCUAGACACAAAUCAGUGAAGCAGCGAAUAGGCGGGAAUGCGGGCCAAGCUCCGUCAGCAGGCCAGGCCUCACAGACUCCGACCAAGCACAAAGCUGCAGGAGAGAAGCCAGACAAGAGUGACAAGCAGCAGAAAAGACCCCAGACUCCUUUCCAUCAUCGAAGUCUGACCAAUGAUGAUACCUCCAUGGAUUCGGAAGCAACAGCCGACCAAAGACUUAGAUUGAACACUCAAGAUGGAGGACGGUUUUCUAGCAUUUGUUCAGCAGAUCUGAUGACCAUCCAAAAGAACUCUCAACUCAGUAACGGGGUGGUGAUCCCUGGUCCAUUAGACCCAGCCAACUCCCCCCAACCCCCACCUCUUAGCCCACACCCAUGCCAGCGUAGUGAGGAGUCCAGGGAGGGUAUGAAGAACCCGUCCACCCCCAACAAUCAACACUUUUACCAGCCUUCCCUGGAGUCGUGCCUGGGUAGGCGAAAGGGUUGUGACGAGGAGCCAGUAGGUCCAGGAGAUCUGACUCAGCACUUCUCCUCACACCUUCACCCUUCAGCCUCUGUUUAUUCAGAGCUUAAUGAGCCCACUCUGUACACGAGUGCAGCGAUCCAACUAGAAGAUGACCACAAUCACUCGCCAUGGAGUUUAUACAACUUACCUCGCAGGAAAGAGCGAGAGAUGCCCACACUACUGCUUCCAGGACACAAGUUUCGCGAUGAGGGGUUAGCAUCCCAGGACAACCUGGUGUCUGUGACCGAAGUGAUGUCCACAUUUAAAUUCCCUCUGAAGGUGUCUGGGGAGCGUGUGCUGAUGUAUCAGGCCAGGAGGAACCAGUAUCUGGCUGCUGCUCUGUCUGAUGGAGAACACGAGUCGGCAGAGGACCCCUAUGCAUUCGAGGAAGGAGAUGUGAAAUUCACAUUUUCCAACAGAAAAGAUAAGGCAGGCGGGGAGUGUGAGUCCGGCAACAAACACAUGGGUGAAGAUGAAGGAUCGGGUCCAUCUGACGAUCCUCAGCGGGCAGCUGCUCUUAACCGCCUCGCAUCUACCAGCCUGAUCCAUGAGACCGACCUGGUGGUGUCCAUCGAUGACCUCGACAACCUCUUUAAUUCGGACGAAGAUGAACUAGGGGCUGCUUCCAGACGGGCGGUAAAUGGAACAGAUCAGAAAUCGGGCAACAAGGAACCUAAGCCAUCCAUAUUGGACCCAGUAUCCUGUAUUAGCACAGCAGACCUCCACCAGAUGUUUCCUACUCCUCCCUCCCUUGAGCAGCACAUAAUGGGCUACUCCCCUAUGAACAUGUGCAGCAAAGACUAUGGCAACGUGGAGGCCCCCCCUGGUAUGACCAUGCUGGACGGAACCUCAUCCCAGGGAGGCCUCUUCAAGAUGGAGGUGGAGGAGAGCUUCAGUAGCCCAAAGCCAUCCGAGAUCAAGGACUAUUCAUUCGUGUACAAGCCUGAGCUGUGCCAGGCGUUUUUGGGCUGCUCCAUGUUUGCGCCAUUGAAAUCCCUGCCAAGCCAAUGUCUGCCACCUGUUAAACUACCAGACGAUUUCAUCUACCGACCAAGUUGGACCAUGGGCAGGGAGAUGCUAAAUCCCAUGCCUCUCAUGACCAUCCUCAAUAAGGACAGCAACAUCCCAAGUGUGUCCAGCACCAUGGACCAGGACUACAGCCAAGCCUACACCCCUCAAACUUACACCCCCUUCUUGUCCAACAGCGCUCCACCAAGUAACAGCGGAACAGGCAUCCUGCCUUCGCCCGCCACCCCGCGUUUUUCAGCCCCCACCCCACGAACUCCAUGGACUCCACGCACACCUCGAGGCCCUUCCAGCGUCCAGGGCUCGCUCAAGUAUGAGAAUUCGGACCUGUACUCGCCAGCCUCCACUCCUUCUACCUGCAGGCCGCUCAACUCAGUGGAGCCAGCCACUGUUCCUUCCAUACCUGAGGCUCACAGCCUUUACGUCACACUCAUUCUGUCCGAGUCGGUGAUGAAUCUUUUCAAGGACUGCAACUUUGACAGCUGCUGCAUUUGCGUAUGUAACAUGAACAUCAAAGGAGCGGAUGUGGGCGUGUACCUCAGUGACCCCGUAAGUGAAGUGCAGGAACCCUGCAGCUGCGGCUUCAGUGCUGUGGUCAACCGGCGCUACGGCAACGGCUCGGGCCUCUUUCUGGAGGAUGAGCUAGAUAUCAUUGGCCGCGGGACGGACAUCAGCCGCGAGGCAGAAAGGCGCUUUGAGGAGCUGCGGCUUUCCACGCACGACAGAACCAGCAUGGGGAGGAGAGACCAUGUCCCGGAUGAGCUUAUUCUCCUACUGCAGGACCAGUGCACCAACCCUUUCUCACCAAUUUCAGGCCUGGACGACGUUGUGACGCACCGACUGAAGGCUGGCCCUGCACCAGCAUGUGUUCGAGUUGAGGAGAGAGACUUUCACAGUGACUGCUACUUGGCCUUGGAGCAUGGCAGGCAGUUCAUGGACAACAUGUCAGGUGGAAAGGUGGACGAGGAGCUGGUCAAGAGCACCUGUCUGCACCACUGGUCCAAACAAAACGCAGUGGACGUGAGUGCGCUGUGCUCUCAGGACGUGCUCCGAGUGUUAACAUCACUUCAGCCGGUUCUCCAAGAUGCUAUCCAGAAAAAAAGGACAGUGCGGUCGUGGGGCGUUCAAGGUCCACUCACCUGGCAGCAGUUUCACAAGAUGGCAGGACGGGGCUCAUAUGGCACAGAUGAGUCCCCUGAGCCUCUGCCCAUCCCCACCUUCCUGGUGGGCUACGAGUACGACUUUGUGGUACUGUCUCCCUUCGGUCUUCCACACUGGGAGAAGCUUUUGCUGGAUCCCUUUGGUUCCCAGAGAGACGUCGGAUAUUUGGUGGUGUGUCCUGAUAACAAAGCUCUGCUCAGUGGUGCCAAGAGCCUCUUCAGAGACCUCACAGCUGUCUAUGAGUCCUGUCGACUGGGAAAGCAUCGACCCAUUUCCAAAGUCUACCCUGACGGCAUAGUCCUGGUGGGUGGCAGUGGAGCCAAAGGUGUUGUGGACCAGCCAGUCAGUGAUUGGUUCUUCAAAGCUGCCAGCGGCAAUAAUGACGCCUUCUCUAAACUGAAGCUCUAUGCACAGGUGUGCCGCCACAACCUUGCUCCAUACCUCGCAUCACAAGCUUUAGACAGUUCCCUCCUAACGCAGCCCCCUCACUCGUCGUUGUCCAACCAGUCAUCCUCCACGCAGCCGACAGGAUCCACCUCCAUCUCUGUUGGCCAGCAGGAUGCUAUGCAGGUCUCAUCCAACAGCCUGGUGACGUCAUCUGGACAGCCUGGCAGCGCCAUGCAGUCUGCCAAGGCCACUUCUUUUGCCCCUUUUGCCAGCAUGGGCAAUCAAAGCCAGGGAGGUGGCCCCCAAAGUGGACAGCUGGGACAGCAGGCGGGAACCCAGAAUACGAGCACCUCAGGGGACAACCCCGACAGCCACAGCCAUGCCCCCACAGAGCCCCCAGAAAGCACUUUGGAACGGGACCAGAUCGGUGUGCCCACAGAUGGCGAAUCUCACGCAAUCACGUAUCCGCCUGCCAUUGUUGUUUACAUCGUGGAUCCCUUUAGCUACGAGGAGUCUGAAGGCGGGCUGGGAACAGCGCCAGCCCACUCCAGUGUGUGGACGCUUGGUUUGUUACGUUGCUACCUUGAGAUGCUUCAGUUGCUUCCUGCACAUAUCCGAAAUUCCAUUUUUUUACAGAUUGUCCCCUGCCAGUACCUGCUUCAGCCUGUACGAGGUGAAGAGCGCCAUAUCUACGUUCAGCACCUCAAGUCUUUAGCCUUCUCCGUCUUUGCUCAGUGCAGGCGCCCAUUGCCCACUUCCACAAACGUCAAGUCCUUGACGGGCUUUGGCCCGGGCCUUGCUAUCGACACAGCACUUAAAAGCUCGGAGAGACCAGAGUGUUUGCGUCUUUAUACACCUCCGUUCAUCCUCGCCCCAGUUAAGGACAAGCAGACUGAGCUCGGGGAGACGUUUGGAGAGGCAUCACAGAAGUACAACGUGCUGUUUGUGGGUUAUUGUCUGUCCCACGACCAGCGCUGGCUCCUCGCUACUUGCACUGAUCAGUAUGGAGAACUUUUGGAGACCUGCAUCAUCAGCAUAGAUGUACCCAAUAGGGCCAGAAGGAAAAAAGGUUCGGUCCGACGCCUCGGCCUGCAGAAACUGUGGGAUUGGUGCUUAGGUCUUGUUCAGAUGACAUCAGUUCCUUGGAGGGUUGUGAUUGGACGACUGGGCAGGAUAGGACAUGGAGAGUUAAAAGACUGGAGUAUAUUGUUGAGCAGAAGAAAUCUGCAGUCACUAAGUCGCCGUCUGAAGGAAAUGUGUCGAAUGUGUGGCAUCUCCACCUCCGAUACUCCCAGCAUACUUAGUGUGUGCUUGGUUGCCAUGGAGCCGCAGGAGUCCUUCAUCAUAAUGGCAGACUCGGUGUCAACUGGGUCGGUGUUUGGUCGCAGUACCACUUUUAACAUGCAAACACCCCAACUGAACACGCCACAGGACACUUCCUGUACGCACAUCCUUGUUUUCCCUACCUCUGCCUUCGUGCAAGUGGCCAGCUCCAACUACACCAACAUCGACACCAACAUCGACAUCCUCAAUGGUACCACAGACGGUUCUGACGGGAUGGGUAUCUUUGACCUGCUUGACCCAGAGAAUGAGUUAGUUGACUCCGACAUCAUCAACAUCUCUCCCAACACUUCACCAGUUCAUUCUCCUGGCUCUCAUUACCACCAUGGAGGUGACGGCAGCAAAGGUCAGGGUGCAGACCGUUUGGAGUCUCGUGAGGAGGUGGCAAAUCUCCUGCAGCAACCCCUGGCUCUCGGCUAUUUUGUGUCCACGGCCAAAGCUGGACCACUACCUGACUGGUUCUGGUCGGCGUGUCCACAGGCUCAGAACCAGUGUCCACUCUUCCUCAAGGCCUCUUUGCACCUGCAUGUGUCUUCAGUGCAGUCAGACGAGUUCCUGCACAGCAAACAUUCUCAUCCUCUCGAUUCCAAUCAGACCUCAGAAGUGCUCAGAUUUGUGUUGGAACAAUACAACGCCCUCUCCUGGCUGACAUGUGACCCUGCCACGCAGGACCGACGCUCAUGUCUGCCUGUUCACUUUGUGGUGCUCAACCAGAUCUACAACUUCAUCAUGAAUUUGUUGUAGCUCACACAUUGGAAUCAUUUUCAUCAUCAGACUGGAAGUUAUUCAUGUUGGAGUUUAUUCCAAGAUAUGAGUAUUGAUGCGCUGUUUAAAGUAAGUUCUCUUCUGAACUUACAGUACUUGCUGUACCAGACGAGGUAAACCUUCACGUGAGUACAUGAACGUGACAAUAACAAUAACCAUAGUAUGUUGGUUUUAAACUCAGAGGCCAGUGUGAGGAUUUUUCACAAUAUCUUUGUUGUGGAAAGAGUUCAGGUUAAAGGGACAUUUUACGAGCAAUGGAUUUUUUGGUUGUGCAACCAAAACUUCCUUUUUAUUGCUUUGGAUGAAAGAAUAUCCAAACAAAAUGUGUGCAUAUUAUUUAUUGUAAGGUUUGAAUUGUAUUAUUUUUCAAUAUGUUAUAUAUAUUUACAUAUAUAUUGAAAGAGGUUUAUAUCAACUUUUUGCUUUGUUCAUCGUACUUAAUAACAGAACGAAUGACACCUACACAUGACAGAAGGUUGCUUUAGAGUAUUAUUUUUUUGUAAUGGAGGAAGAUUAUUUGUAUUGUCACAAUGUACAGAAGAACUAUGACAUACAGUAAAGCUGUAGCUUCACAGGAAAUGUACAGCAUUGAACUUCACUGUGUUCUAAUGAAGACAUACUUUGUUGUACUGUAUAUAAUAUUUUAUACCACACAUUUACACACAAAAACCAAACUGCAAUCUAAAGAAAUAUUAUAUAUAAAUGCCAACAGUUGGUAGAGUGGCUUCUGUUUUAGGAAUAAAAAUGUGUCAACUUA